GAACGAAGUUAUCAGAACGUUUACAUAUUUCCCAUUGCACCGUAAUAACAAAAGGGACGAAACCUUGCAAAACACCGGCAGAAAAAAAUGGAAAAAAAUAAGAAGCAGACGAAAAAAUCUCUCUAUCAAAAAAUAGAUCUCGAACACGUUUUCAGCUAUCUCCAAACCAAUGAGUAUCCGCCAGAUGAUCGUUACAGCAACAGAAUUCACAGAUCUAAUCUUAGACAAAGAGCUUUAGAUUUUAUCAUUGAAAAUGGCAAACUUUACUCACAGUAUUAUUCCACUCCCUUUCCAUCGAAUUGUAAUUAUAUCAGUGAUACUGACCGUCAGAAAAGUGAUAAAAAGUCAUUAAAAAGACUGGUACUGUUUUCAAAUGAGGAUAAGUUGCAGGCCUUCUAUGAAUGCCAUAUAAGCAAAGAAGGUCAACAUCAUGGUAAAAACAGAACAGUAGCACUGUGUAAAGAUCAAUAUUAUUUUCUGUGUAUGAUUGAGAUGGUUAAACUGUUGAUCAGGAACUGUCCUAUCUGUAGUUCAAGAUUAGAUACAACUAAUAUUAUCACAAUGGAGCAGAAAAAUGACAUGGCAAUAUUGAAUAUGUUGUACGGUGAAAAACAUGGCAACCAUGUAUUACAAGAAAUGGAAAACUUCAGAAGUUGUGGAAACAGUGAUAGUACAAUUGAAUUAUUUUCAUCAAACACAGACAUCGAUGUUGAUCAUAAUGAAAAUACCAAUGACAUCAGCCAAUCAUUGGAAUUGUCUUUCAGUUGUAAUAAUGAAAUAAAAACUGUGCAUGAAACAGACCUAGAAAGCUCAAGCUCUACCAAACAAAAUUCAGCUGUUGAGAAGAGUUGUAUAAUGAAAAAUGAGCCAGAUGAGGAGAGAAAUGAAGAAGUUUUAGAAAACAUGGAUAAUAAUGGAGUAGAAAUAUGUAACCUUGAAUCUGAUACUGAUGUUGACCCUGGUUACUUUUGGCAUUCUGUUGAGUUAUGUGUGUUGGGACCAUAUGGCUGCCAAGGAAGAAAGAAGUAUGUGAUGAUAUUCCUUGACCUCUAUUCUAUGUGGCCAGAGGUAACAAUAGUAGAUACACUAUCACCAGAAAUUAUUACCAUGUGUUUACUGGACAUUGUUUGCAGAUACAAUGUAAUGAAAAGGUUAUACCUUAGAAGUAGUUUAUGUGGAGGAUUAUCACUUUUAACACCUGAUGUUCAGCUUUUAAAGUCAGCUGAUUUACACAUAGAUAUAGUGAAAAAAGAUGUCCAUUAUUCAGACGAGAUUUGGACACUACUGAAGAACAAGGUUUCAUGUUUUAUUAAGAACAAUUUAGACUGGCAAUGCACAUUAUCAUUUGCCAUUAUGCCAUUUAGAAUUGCAUAUGAUGAUCAUGUUGAUGGAACCUGUAAUCUUUUUAUCAGCAGAAGACAAAAAAAGGAAAAUGAAGAUGGAUUUCACAAAUUUGAUAGCAAGCUUAAAAAAUUACUCAGCAUAUAUAGAUAUUGUUCAAAUAAGUCAGUGAAGCUGGGUGACAAACAUGACAAGAACACCACAGAUAUUAUAACUGAGAGGGAACUGGAUUCUGUGUCUGAGAAUCUUUUGAAAAAAGAAGCUAACGUGACUGAAAAAAGACUUUUAAGAUAUUCAAAAGACAAUACUGAGACCACAAAAGUGGUUAAUAAUACAUGUAAUGAAAUUGUGAAAUCUUCUCGUAAAAUGGCAACUAGAAACAAGAGAAUUGAUUACUGUUCUCUUUCGUCAGAUAAACAGACCACAGAUAGUUUUAAGACUAAGAAAAGGAAAGUAUCCUCUGUUGGUACUAUAUCAAAACAAACUAAAAAGUUAAAACCAGUUUCAAACAGAAAGAAAUCAAAUCAUGAAGACGCAAUGUCCAAUAACUGCAAGAUUGUAGAAAAUCAUAGAGAAUCAUUUGAUGACAGUUUAGUUAUGGAACAAAAUUUUUGUAAGGAUGAAGAUCAGGCAACUUUCCACAAGAAUGGUUCUGUAGAGUUUAAAGAUAAAAGAACAGAACAUUCUGAUAAUUCAGAAAGAGGGGAGCAGAAGUGCGUGAUAGAUAAUGUGCAAUCUGACAUUUGUCUUUCCGAAAAGAAUAUAAACUCAGAUCUUGUAAAAGCACAUGUAAUUGAGGAGUCCAAUGCUGACCUAAGUUUUGAUCUUAGCCAGAAUAACUGCAGGACAGUGGAAGAAAUGGAAGAUCACACACUAACAAGUCACCCAAAGCAGCAAGUAAAUUGUGGUAAAGAUGGGAAAAUAUUUACUGGCAGUAAGGAAUCUGUUACAGAAAAUAACAAGACUAAUUCCCAAUGGAAAGAUUGUAAAACAAAGAAGUUAAUGAAAGCUCACAGAAGAUCUCUCACUUGUUUGUGUAGCACCUGUGGAAAGACUGUUAAAUCAUUUUCUCUAAAAUCUCACCUGAAGAUGCAUUCUAACCCUAAAAGAUUGGAAUGUCCUCAUUGUUUCAAAGGAUUUUUUACUGAAGCUGAUCUUACUACACAUAUAAACAAUAGACAUGCAUUUAUUUCUCCUUCAUUAUACAGCUGUACUGUGUGUAACCAAGUAUUUACUAGAAACAGUUCACUAAAACGACAUGAACAGUCAAGACAUCAAAAUUUAAAACUAUACCAGUGUGACAAAUGUGGAAAACGUUUUCACCGAAAGCAUUAUCUAACCAGCCAUCAUAAAAUUUGUCAGCAAACAGCUAAAGAGGGAAUACAGGGAACCAGCAGUGAAAACGGAAUUAGAAAAGAUAAACUGAAGCGUGAACGUACAGAGUCAGCAAGUGGAGAUAAGACAUUGAUAACCAAUCAUAAAAAAGGACGGCGUCAGAGAUUGAAUGAGAAAACAAAUCCUUUGACCAAGUAUAAUAAAGAUACCAACAUAGUGACAGAACAGAAAGUUGACCUUAUUAACAUACCUCAUUGUUCAGAAAACGAUUUGUCAUGUAUUGUGGAUGUGAAUAAGUCUAAUGUACAGGAAAUUACCCAUUGUGUUAUGUAUGAGACAGAGUCAGGGACAGAAUAUCAUAUCAUUUCAGACGAUCCUAAUAAACCUAUAGAUAGUGACACUAUAGCUGCAAUACAAAUGCUGGCAUCCCUUAAAGAAAAGGGAUAAUAAAUUAUUAAAAUAUGUUCCAA